AUGCUGGUGACGUUUGUCCUGGACACGAGUGCGUCCAUGAACCAGAGCACGAGCUCUGGCAUGACGCUGUUGGACUAUGCAAAGUCGGCGGUGGAGCGCUUUGUGAAGCGUGUGCGAGACCCGAGCCGGCGCUACCAACACCACUUCAUGCUGCUCUCGUGUGGACGCGAUGGGAGACCCAAAGGCAAGAGUGCGGACUCAACCUACAACGGCCGCGUGCGUGUGGGCUGGGACCAGUCCACUAAUAAGGAGGCCUUUCUACGUGAGCUCAAGAAUCUACGCGCCACAGACCUCAGCGACGUGGGCGCCGCGCUCAAACAGGCCUUCGAACUCAUGAACCAGAUCCGCCUCCAGUUCAACUGGGACAGCUACGGACUGGGGCGUGCACCCUGGAACACCAACGUGUCAGUCUGUGUGCUACUUACAGACGCUACGACGUUGUCCAGUGCUGACGGCCUCAUCCAAGACGCUCUUGCUAUCGCGCCGUCGAAUGCGGUGGGGGCGGACCUGACGUUCGAGCCGUACAGGUGGGACCAGCGGCUCUUUACGGUAGCGCUCAAAUUGUCAGCUACCAUGAACGGCGUCAAGGGACAGCCUACAGUACCGGCGGACUUGAUGGCACUCAGUGAAGCCACAGGCGGGAUGCUCUACAUGCCGACGUCCAAGCCGGCGGUAGAGCAGAGCAUCGACCAGAUCAUUUUGAAACUCAAGGCUGGAGCUGUGGUCAAGUUCAAGUGUGAGGCCAUGGAAGGAGAAGCCGAGUUCCCUGUUACGAGGAACAUCAUUGCUCCAAUCCACAAUGGGAAAGAAUUUUGCUGGCCAGUGGCCGAAGCCUUUUGGCUCGACAGAAAUACAGUCGCUUUGCCGACGCGAGAAGCUCACCCGACGCUGGUGUACUCACGCACAGUGGAGAAUGCUAUUGAGGCGGCCACGAGUCAUAUGCUGCUCGAUACGUUGAAGUUCCCUGCGGAUAAUUACGUGCUCGAGACGGCGAUCAGCCCUACACCGAGUCGUGGUCAGCGCUGGUUGGUGUAUGUUCAAGGCAGCAAAGGAGACGGACGUCUAGGUGACCCUAUUGGAAUGCUGCGUGCACCCAGCUCGACCCCUGGCAUCCCCACGUUCAAUGCGGUGCUCGUUUUACUACCGUAUAACUUCCCCAAGCUCUUCUCGCUGCUGGUGGAAGUCGCGCGAGUGUACCAGGCCAGUGGACAGAACAUCAAUUCAGCGUCUGGCACGUGGAUGUUCCAGGCUAAGGCCAUGCCGUCGUCGUGGCGCGAAUCUUUCUCGGCGUAUCUAAGUGGUUGUCCGCUUUACUAUUACGCUCCGUUGAAGAAGGCGCUGCGCAAGUACAACCUGCAUGACAUGGUUCCUGAGGUCCAAGACUCGGGGCGUAGCUACCAGAUCUCGAACUUCUUGAACCGACUGCGUGAACAGGCUAUUGCAGAGAGUGACAGCAACAACAAGUUGUUCUCCCGAUCGAGUCGAAAUGAUACUUCCAACUCAGCACGAAGCAGCGGCAUCCCCGAGUCCUCUCCAUCUGCGUCGCCCAUGUCCAACAGAGACGCGACUGGACCGAACCAGACAGACGCGACGUUGGAUGCCAUUGCGAGCAUGUCGCUCCAGGAAUUACGAGCUGCUCACCAGAAGAGUAAGGCGCAAUUCUUCGAGAAGUCGUCGAAACUCCAGUUCCAGAUGUCUCUCCCUCGUGUGACGGCUCCGAAGGAUGACGCUGUGCCUUUGAAGUUGACGCCCAGUUGGCGUGCUGUGGAGGAGGAUGAAAAGCAUCGUCAGCCGAUCGACGUUAUGAGUGACUAUGAAUCGCGUCUGGUCAAGAAAGAAGCGCUUCGUAACCCUCUGGCUGAAGCUGAGCCUGAUGAGGACACGCCGACAGGACUGCGACGCCGCCAACUAUCAUUUAACUUGGGUAACCCAUACAAGAAGAGCUCAUCUAAGAGCAACGUGUACCAGAACGAGGCUGCAGAUGAAGCAGCUGCACUGGGAGGUCAAUCUCCAAAGCGCCAGCGCACGCGCAAGCGGUCUUCCCAGCUGAAGCGAGACAAGAAGCACUCCAAGCGCUCUCACCGAAUGCAUGGCUCCCCGUCCUUUAAGAAGUCGCCUGGGUCACCUUCGCAUUCUCCUAGCUCUCCGGUUUCCAGCACUUCGUCGACAAUUUCGUCGCCGGGUCGAAGUGAAAGUGGUGACUCGGUGAUGACCGACAGUUCAGUGGGAUCGAAUUACUCUGUCAAGGCUGAGGCAGCGCAAAUGCUGGGUAUUCCUCUCCACGAUGGUGACUUUGUGGAGGAUGAAAAGAAUGCAAGCUUUGUCCGGCAGGUCUACGGUGUCUUGGCGGAGAACUGGGAAUCUUGGAGCACUAUUAUCCGUCUCAUCAAGGCGCGCUCGACUACGCAACAGGAGAAGGAGUUUGUUGUCAGUGGCCUUCGGUCGAUGAAGGGUGGUCCGACAGCAGUGAAGACUUACAUCGAGCAAGCAAUUCAUUUAUCACAGCAAUUUCGACAGAAGGCUCUGGAGCAGCAGCUGAGGCAAUUGCUGGAUGAAGUGAAGGCAGUGAAGAACGAACCAGAAGAUUUCGCUCGUGAUGUCGGCAAAAAGGAAGCGGUAGAGUAA